AUGAUUAUGAAGUAGUGAGGGACUUAGAGAGUUAGAGGUGCCUACAAAACAUUGAUUGAUUGAUGGAGAAGAAGCACCACCCUGGUGGUUCUACUUGCUCCACCAGAACUGAGAGAAAGUUCAUUGAGAGAGAAAGAAGAAACCAAAUGAAGGCACUCUAUUCCAACCUCAAUUCUCUUCUCCCUCCUCAAACUUCAAGGGAGGGAAUUUCUUCACUGCCGGAUCAGCUAGAGGAAGCCACAAACUACAUAAAGAAGUUACAGGUGAAGCUGGAGAAAAUGAAGGAAAAGAAGAACACAUUAUUAAGAACAAUUCAUCAUCAAAUACCAAAUAAUAGAUCUCCACAAAUUGAGAUCCAACAAAUGGGAUUCACCUUAAUGGUUGUUCUCAUAACUGCCUUGGAUUCUCAUUAUUUCAUGUUCAUUGAGGCCAUUCGUGUUCUUCAUGAAGAAGGUGCAGAUGUUGUUAGCGCCAGUUACAAGGUUGUUCAACAUGCUGUUUUCCAUACAAUGCACUGCCAGGUAGGGGAGUAUGGCAAUGGAGCUGCUGCGAGGAUAUCAGAGAGACUGAAGAAGUUUGUGAAUGAUUCUACCUAUUGUCCCUUUUAGUAAUUUCAUGGCAAUCUAGCUAGUUAGCGAGUUUUGAAUGUUCUGAUUUUGGUAAUGUUUGUUUGUUGGAUAAAACGAAAAGAUGACGCGUUGUUAAUUUAAGCCACACAUAUGUAUGUGAUGAGAUUGGUCAAUUAAUUGCCUACAUGAAAAUAUAAAGCUUGGUGUUUUAUAUACUAAUAGCCUUAAUAUAUAGUUAUUAGGGCAUGCUUUGUUGCUUCGUACGUGAUUCAAUUA